ACCUUCAAUACUCCACCACCCCCAAGCGAAGCAGCUAGCCGGCCAUGAGGCUCUCCUACUCCUUCCCUCGUCCAAGAAUCUCCCUCGUCUACAUCUGGCUCUGGUCCACGGCCGUCCCUGCGCUCAAGAAGACGGUGGCGCCGACGAAGAAACAAAAGGUGGAUGCAUCGAACCCCGAGGAGUCGGCGGCGGAGGAGGUCCAGUCCGGGAAGCCGCCGCCCUUCAGGAUCGGCGAUGUCCGGGCGGCCAUCCCCAGCCACUGCUGGGUGAAGGACCCCUGGCGGUCGAUGAGCUACGUCCUCCGCGACGCAGUCGUCGUCGCCCUGCUCGCUCUCGCCGCUGCCUCUCUCGACAGCUGGACCUUCUGGCCUCUCUACUGGUUCGCCCAGGGCACCAUGUUCUGGGCUCUCUUCGUCCUCGGACAUGACUGUGGGCAUGGGAGCUUCUCCAACAGUGCAUUGCUGAACAAUGUCGUGGGACACCUUCUCCACUCCAUCAUUCUGGUGCCAUAUCAUGGAUGGAGGAUUAGCCACAGGACUCAUCACCAGAACCAUGGGAACGUAGACAAGGAUGAAUCAUGGCACCCGCUGAGUGAGAAGACGUACAGAGAAAUGGAUUCCACCAGCCGAAAGAUGCGGUUCACGUCACCUUUCCCCUUGUUUGCCUUCCCUGUCUAUCUGUGGAGGAGAAGCCCCGGGAAGGAAGGCUCUCAUUUCCUGCCGAGCAGCAAACUGUUUCGCCCCGGAGAGGAGCAGGAUGUCGUCGUCUCCACCGUCUGCUGGUCGGCCAUGGCGGCCUCGCUUCUGUGUCUAUCAUGGGCGUAUGGCCCUGUUCCGGUGCUCAAACUCUACGGCGUACCCUACUUGGUGUUCGUGAUGUGGUUAGAUUUGGUGACUUACCUGCAUCACCAUGGACACCGACAAAAGCUUCCGUGGUACCGCGGCAAGGAAUGGAGCUACCUGCGAGGAGGACUGACGACGCUCGACAGAGACUACGGGUGGAUAAACAACAUCCACCAUGACAUCGGGACUCAUGUCAUCCACCACCUCUUCCCUCAGAUCCCACACUACAAUCUCGUAGAAGCGACCACGGCCGCGAAGCCGGUGCUGGGGAAGUACUACAGAGAGCCCGAGAGAUCCGGGCCGCUGCCAUUUCACCUGCUCGGCGUUCUGCUUAGAAGCCUAAGAGUCGAUCACUUUGUGAGCGACGAGGGGGACGUCGUCUACUACCAGACAGACCAUCAGCUGCACGGUGGCCGGCGGCAGAAGUCGAAGUGAAGCCUCCCGUGUCGCUCCGCCGAUUGGUAGCAGGUGUCCGAUUCUUGCAACCGAACUGGUAGUCCACGAUGAGGCCUCGCCUGAUCUCAUCUCAUGCAUCUUGCAUUGGCUAUCCUUCUUUGUUCGUUUGUGAAUCUUGAGUUGGGUGGCGGAUCUCCGGCCGGUGAGCUUUUCUGUAUCAAUUUAUUUUUCUUUUUGGUGUAUCAUUUCAUCUCUGGGCGAAAUACAAUAUUUAUUUGAAUAAUAAUAAUGACAAUAACAAUAGCUUUGGUGCAA